AUGAAUGCAUUUUUUGACGGAUAUGUUCAUGUGAAAACUAAUUUAAAGAAGUUUUUUGACCAAUUUGACAAUGCCUUGAAAAAGAAAAUUGAGAAUGAAAUCAGCUUGGACUUCCACUCAUUUAGCGUUUCCAUUGCUUGCAUAUCUAGAUUUCCAAUCGAAAAGAGAUUCCAAGAGUUGUACACGAAUGCAAAGUUCAGGGAAGUUCAGCAGCAAGUUAUGGGUGUGCUUGAUAUGGAUCAAUCACUACUUAGACACGAUGGUGUGACGAAGACCUAUUUGGUAGAAGAUGAAAUUCGUGUUGAGGAGUUCACUAAACAUGUUACAUGUUAUGUGGACUUUAAUGUGGAAGAAUGCGAUGCUAAGUGUUCGUGUGGGUUAUUUCAGAUGAGUGGGAUACUAUGUAGACAUAUCUUGGCCAUAUUCAAAUGUAAUGGGAUAAAAUCUUUGCUAGAUAGAUACAUUUUAGAUCGAUGGAGGAAGGACAUCAAACGGAGAUACAUGUUAAUCUACAGUAGUUAUGACACAGGGCCUCAGCGGGAAGAUACUAACAGAUAUUCAAGUCUAUUGAAUAUCUGUUAUCGGAUGAUUACCCUUGCAGGAGGUUUGAAAGAUCAUACUAAGGAUGCUACUAAAAAGUUAUAUUCCAUGAUUGAGUUAUAUAAUCACAACCAAGAACCCCCUCCAAUGACUCAAACGGGUUCUGAUGUUGGUUGCACAACAAAUGCCACAGUUAGUAGUUCGCAGCAAGUACUCAGUCCAAGAAUUGUGCGAGGAAAAGGCAGACCCCCAUCUCUGAGAAGAGCAUCUAGGAUGGAGCAAGACCUGCGGAAAGUUAAAGCGAGGACAAAGAAAAUAACUGUAAAGGGAAAACGUAAAGAGGUUCAAAGAAAUUAA